CCAAAACAAGCAAUUAAAAAAAAAAAAAAAAAAAGAACAACUCGUCAGAAACAAAACAUAGCUUCCCUUUGACCCUUUUCCGGGUUCAAACUCAACAGCGAUCAGUAAACAGAAAACAGAUUUUGAGCGAGAAACUAUGGAGGAGACGAAUAGCAUAGACUACGUCAUGGAGAAGGCGUCGGGACCUCACUUCUCCGGCCUACGCCUCGACGGUCUCCCGCCAUCGUCUUCCAGUUCUUCGCCAUCUCACCGCACUUCUUCCGCUUCAGCUUUUACUUCUCCUUCUCAACUAACUCAAAAGCAGCCUUUUGUUAUCGGAGUAUCUGGGGGUACAGCUUCGGGUAAGACAACUGUGUGUGACAUGAUCAUUCAACAGCUUCACGAUCACCGGGUUGUUCUUGUCAAUCAGGAUUCAUUUUACCGUGGUUUGACACCUGCAGAAUUGGAACGUGUCCAUGAGUAUAAUUUUGAUCAUCCUGAUGCUUUCGACACGGAACAGCUUUUAGAUUGCAUCCAAAAGCUCAAAAGUGGGCAACCUUAUAAGGUUCCAAUUUAUGAUUUUAAGAGCCAUCGCCGCUGUUCAGAUAGCUUUAGGCAGGUAAAUGCUUCUGAUGUAAUUAUCUUGGAGGGAAUUCUGGUUUUCCAUGACCAGCAUGUCCGCAAUCUGAUGAAUAUGAAGAUUUUUGUUGACACAGAUGCGGAUGUGAGGCUUGCUCGUCGAAUAAGGCGCGACACAGUUGAGAGGGGCAGGGACAUAAACUCUGUUCUUGAGCAGUAUGCUAAGUUUGUGAAGCCUGCUUUUGAUGAUUUUAUCCUGCCAUCAAAGAAGUAUGCUGAUGUGAUCAUACCCCGGGGUGGUGAUAAUCAUGUUGCCAUUGAUUUGAUAGUGCAACAUAUCCGCACAAAGCUUGGUCAACAUGAUCUUUGCAAAAUAUACCCAAAUGUUUAUGUUAUUCAAUCAACAUUUCAGAUAAGAGGUAUGCAUACAUUGAUUCGAGAUAAGGAAAUAUCGAAGCAUGAUUUUGUAUUUUAUUCAGAUCGGCUUAUCCGUCUGGUUGUGGAGCAUGGUCUUGGCCAUUUGCCAUUCACAGAGAAGCAAGUAAUUACACCAACAGGAUCUGUGUAUACUGGGGUUGACUUUUGCAAGAAACUAUGUGGGGUUUCUAUUGUUCGAAGUGGAGAAAGCAUGGAAAAUGCGCUGCGUGCAUGUUGCAAAGGAAUAAAAAUAGGCAAAAUUCUUAUCCACCGUGAUGGAGACAAUGGGAAACAACUUAUAUAUGAGAAGCUCCCCAAGGAUAUUUCAGAAAGGCAUGUCCUACUUCUGGAUCCUGUUCUUGCCACAGGUAACUCCGCUAACCAAGCCAUAGAACUGCUAAUACAAAAAGGAGUUCCAGAAUCCCAUAUUAUAUUCCUAAACCUAAUAUCUGCUCCUGAGGGUAUCCAUUGUGUUUGCAAAAGGUUCCCAUCCUUGAAAAUCGUCACAUCGGAGAUUGAUGUUUCAUUAAAUGAUGAAUUCCGAGUCAUACCGGGUAUGGGUGAGUUUGGUGAUCGAUACUUCGGCACUGAUGACUAAUCAGCAAUGAUAAGGCAACCAUAUAAAAUGGCCAAUAAAUAGCCUAGUGCGUUUCUUUUCUAAGAAAAUGAAGGGGAGAUCAGCUGGUCUCUGAUUUGUCUUAAUAUGGUCAUAUUUCAUAAGUAAUUAAUCAUGAUGAAAUUAUGGUAUAAUGAAAUGCUUUCCAAAAGUAUGCUUUGCUCAAUGCUGCUUUGGUUGAUAUUGAUUUGCAAGUAGUCUUUGGAUGAACUACUUGGAACAAGAAAAGGAAAAUAUUCUUGAAAAUUGCUGAAUAAUUAACGCUUUCUCUUGCUGAUAGAUAUGUAUUUAUGAAUUGCAUUCUACAGUAACAACAUUAUGAACCUUGUUAGAGUAUCCUUUUAAAAAAA